AUAAUAACGAGACAUCCAAAAGCACCAGGCCCCUCAUAUGAGCACACUUCGUCCCCCCGCUGCUUUGGAUCUUCCAUGUGUCGUACUAGCUGGGAGCGGGUUUAGCGGACAACACGUUCCAUCAUUCGCAUCACUUGGUGGUGGUUAAAGCUAUCUCGAACAGCCCGUCCAAUGUGCAAUGCUCCCUACUCCAUCUCUCCUUCGCCCCUAGCGAAACGAUUCAUGACCAGACCCAUUUAUCAUGAUCGUCUUCAAAUUCCGCAACAUGGUUAUUCUGAAUGUGUCUUGCGUUGUCCAAGGAGCAUCUUGCACGGACCAUCUCCACUUCGACAAUGUAUCUCCGUGGACCUUGUGGGCGACUUGGUGGUCACGACUGCCUCUCAUACGCCUUCUCCUGUGAGAUCUGAUAUCCUAUGGAAGGGAUCUAAGAGGGAAGUCGAAGGUCCCUCUCUGCUAAAGGACGCCGACACUCCUUGUCCUCCAUAUCUCUCAUUUUGGGUGGCCGAUCACCGUGAACGAGAAGCAUUUUGGCAUGGAAGACACCCCCCAUACGCUGCGUAUCUCGCAUCACCGACAAUGAAGUCCCUUCCCAAUCUAGGUAUUGCCACACCUGUUACCAACCAAGUGGACAUGGAUAUCGAUGGUGAGCGAGCCCCUUGUGGUUCCACAUACCCGAAUUGGCAUGGGACUCGGGAAAUGCCCUCAAACUCCACACGAUCGUCCCUUCCCAAACCCGUUCUCAACCCAGAAGCAGGGCUUCGCCUUCGGCAACUCCGCAUCACAUCGGCGCGGUCUCUGUUCCCUCAGCUCGCAGGCGAAAUGCAAUUGCUCCUCUACAAAGAGAUCCGCGCCGCGAUGGAGCGGGAGGAAAUAGCACUUCUCUCCAACGACCGUUUCCCGUCGGCAGUUUCAAAGGAACGUUCCGCAUCGCUAUCGACGACGGUGAGCAGUGGGGAGUACAUUACCGCAACGCGAGGCGUGAAGCGGGCGUAUGCGUCGGGACCCAUGUGCUGCGGUAGGAACGAGGACCGGGCGAAAAAGAAAUUCCGGGCCACCCUCGCCAGGUCAUCCCGGCCCGCAUCCGUUGUGCCACAAACAAUUGAGAAAGUCGUCUACACCUCGGCCGGGCGACCGCACCUUUACGCCACAUUAUAUUUGGACGAGGAAGGAAUUUUGGAGCGCUCCUGGGCGGAUAGCAUGAUGCAUCGGAAUCCGCCCGUUGAUCUGCGGAAGAUUGUCUUAUGCGCCUCGCUGCGCUCAGCGUUCCAUCGUGCCAGGUCAAAGGACCGUUCGUCCCUGGGGUGCGUAACAAUCCGUAAACAUUCGCUGGAAUGCAAAGGCCUAGGGCUUGACGCUUGUCAAUCAACAGGUUGCUUGACGGCAAGUUAAAAGCAUUAGGGGGCCCACGACGUGUUGUUACUCCCGAGCAUGGUGCAUUGGACCUCAAAUGCAGAGCGCGA